CCCCCUGAAACGGCCUCACUCGGACACAGGACACAAGGAGCGCUAGGGUUAAGACCGCACAUUUCACCACCUGCUACAUCGAGCUAAAAUUUCCUAUUUGUAGCGUUAAACAGUUCAAAGGGUCGUUUUGACGUUAAACAGUUCUGAGAGUUUGUGUAAAAUGGCUGGACUAAAGUACCUGACUGGCUUUGGUAAUGAGUUUGCCUCAGAAGAUCCACGCUGUCCAGGUGCUCUGCCUGAAGGGCAGAAUAACCCUCAGGUGUGUCCCUAUGGGCUGUAUGCCGAGCAGCUGUCUGGCUCCGCCUUCACCUGUCCACGACCGGCCAAUAAGAGAAGUUGGUUGUACCGUAUCCUGCCAUCUGUGUGCCACAAACCAUUCACUUCAAUGGAUCAUGGGAACCUCACUGACAACUGGGAUGAAGUGGAGCCUGACCCAAACCAGCUCCGCUGGCAUCCGUUCAUCAUUCCAAAAGCCUCAGACAAGAAGGUGGAUUUUGCCAUGGGCCUGCACACUGUAUGUGGAGCAGGGGAUGCCAAAGCUCGCAAUGGGAUUGCCAUCCACAUCUACACCUGCAACACCUCCAUGAUUGAUAGGUGUUUCCGAAACUCGGAUGGAGAUUUCCUCAUCGUUCCACAGCAGGGUGAAAUCCUGGUCACCACAGAGUUUGGGAAGAUGAUGGUGGAGCCGAAAGAAAUUUGUGUCAUUCAGCAAGGGAUGCAUUUCAGUGUGGAUGUCUACGGGGAAACCAGAGGCUACAUCCUGGAGGUGUAUGGUGCCCACUUUGAGCUGCCAGACCUUGGUCCGAUUGGUGCCAAUGGUCUGGCCAAUCCCCGGGACUUCCUGGCUCCAGUGGCCUGGUACGAGGACCGCACAGUGUCCACUGGCUAUACCGUCAUCAACAAGUACCAGGGAAAGCUGUUCUCUGCCCAACAGGAACACUCCCCCUUCAAUGUGGUGGCCUGGCAUGGCAACUACACACCCUAUAAGUACGACCUGGACAAUUUCAUGGUGAUCAACAGUGUUGCUUUCGACCACGCCGACCCCUCAAUCUUCACCUUGCUGACGGCCAAAUCCACGCGCCCUGGUGUCGCCAUUGCGGACUUUGUUAUCUUUCCUCCACGGUGGGGAGUGGCUGACCGCACCUUCAGACCCCCAUAUUACCACAGGAACUGCAUGAGCGAAUUCAUGGGCCUGAUCAAAGGGCAUUAUGAGGCCAAGGAGGAAGGCUUCCAGCCAGGAGGGGGCAGUCUCCACAGCAUAAUGACCCCACAUGGGCCAGACGCAGAGUGCUUUGAGAAGAACAGCAGUGCCAUCCUGAAACCAGAGAGGGUUGCUGAGGGAACCAUGGCCUUCAUGUUUGAGUCGUCCUUCAGCAUGGCUGUCACCAAGUGGGGCCUGGAUACCUGCCAGUGCCUGGACAAGAGCUACUACAAAUGCUGGGAGCAGCUGAAGAGCCACUUCAACCCCAACUGGAGACCCUGCAACAUGUAAACCUGCUAAGAAACAGAACUGCUGAGGGGAAGAUCAACCGAGUUACAAGAGUCAUUCAGUUGAUCAAUCUACAACUCACCAACCAACCAAUCAGCCAACCAACCAUCCAAUCAACCAAUUAGAAUGUAAACAAAGUGGAUUGGCAUGUUGCAUUAAAAGGUUCCAGUGCUGUUGUACUGUGUAUGAAUAAAGGAAUGCCUCUUGUCCAAUCAAA